UGGUUACCGACUCAGCUGUAGUAAACAAACCACAACAAACUCGAUUUUUACUCUUCUAUGGUACUUCUUCCAUGAUCAGAUAAACGUCAACUGUCACUGGAAAACCGAACUUCAAGCCUGAAACUCAAGCCAUCCAACACUUUUCUAGCCCUCUCAACUGUCCUGCUGGCCCCUGUUCUAUCGUAAAUGGCUGUCCAAAGUCAAGUUAUCCGUGAUUGAUCCAUUCAUCCAUUGAUCCCUUACUCAGUGACGUGGGUCCAUCCCUUUAAUACUAUGGAAACACUCGAUUCAAAAAGGUGCCUGGGUCAGCACGGAUGAAUCUACCCACGACCUCGAGUCACCGAACUCGACCCUAAGGCCAGGCCCCGACUCAAUGUCGAGCGGCCCACCAUAGCUGGGACUUUGUGCCCGACCACGCCCCUUAUCUGUGGUUUGAGUGGCCCCACGGGAGUCCAUCGCUGAAGCAUGGCCGUGGGCCAGGAGGAUCGCGAAAACCUGUUGGGUGGCGCUCAAUGCCUGGAAUUGGAGCCCACCUUAGCGGCCCAUAAUGUAGGUGAUACGGCCAUGUUGGCCGAUGGCGAUGAUGACUUGGAUCUGCCGCAGCCGAGUCGAACCAGCCCGGGGUCGAGUCGCGAUGCGCCCGCCAUCGUCUACGUGGCAGCUACCACGGCCGCUUUGGGCGGGUUGUUGUUCGGUUAUGAUAUCGGGGUCAUCUCCGGAGCUAAAGGACCCAUGCGUCGAGAAUUAGACUUGACUUGCUCUCAGCUCGAGGCCGUGGUGGCCUUUCUGCCUUUGGGCGCGUGUUUGGCUUCGCUGGUCGGCGGCAACGCCAUCGAUCAUUAUGGUCGCAAAUUCACCAUCAUCUUCAACGCCUUCCUGUUUACGGCGGGCUCCCUGACCGUGACCUUGAGCUCGCAUUUGGGCGUCAUUUUGUUCGGUCGCUUCAUGCUGGGCUUUGCCGUGUCCUUGUCGGCCAUCGCCGAAUGUAUUUACAUUUCUGAGAUUGUGCGGCCCGAGAAACGCGGGAUGUUUGUGUCCCUCAACGAGUUAACCAUCACCGUGGGCAUUCUGAUGGCCUAUCUCGUCAACUACAUGUUCGCCGCCACCCCCCACGGCUGGCGGCUCAUGUUCCUAUUGAGCGCUUUUGUCGCCGUGGCCCAGGGCAUUUUGAUGUUCUUCAUGCCGAAAACGCCGCACUUCUUGAUGCUCUGCCAACGUGAAAAGCGCGCCGAGGCUGCCAUUCGGCGCUUAGAGCUGAGCCAUAACGUGCGUCAAACCAUGACUGAUAUCCGAUUGGGCAUCCAAGAAGCCAGUUCGAAUAGUUUCUACUCGGUGUUGUGCCAGAAUAAAGAUAAUAUGGCUAGUCGCCUUUUGAUCGGCUUCGGCUUGGUGUUUUUCCAGCAAUUCACCGGACAGCCCAACAUUAUCUAUUACGCCAACGACGUGUUUUACCAAGUGGGCUUCUGCGAUGAGUGGAGCUCCACUUUGGCCUCCGUGGGUUUGGGUCUCAUGAAAGUGGUUUCCACCAUCGUGUCCCUCACAUUGGUGGAUCGGAUCGGCCGACGCAAAGCACUCAUGGGAGGCAUCUCCAUGAUGAUGAUCAGUGUCUUGGGCUUAUCCAUUCACGGGUUCUACACCGACUCUCAGUCGUCCAUUCAUAUUGAGACUUGUUCGGAUUACGGGCGGAAUGCCACUAACCAAGCACACUUAUUCCUUCCCCGAAAUGAGUCUGCCCAAGAAUUUUCCGUCCAAUUCGAGGAUUCUGUGCGAUUUGCCAACCAAGCUUGUCGCCAUUCAGUCGACGAUUCCGUGUUCUUCCGCUAUGCGGCCUUUGGAGCCUUGGUUCUCUUCGUAUGUGCCUACUCGUUCAGUUUCGGCCCCAUCACUUGGGUGCUUUUGAGCGAGAUAUUUCCUCCAGCGGUUAAAGGUCGAGCCAUGGCCUUUGCGACCUCAUUGAAUUGGCUGGGCAACUUCGUGGUGUCGGGUACAUUUCUGCAAGCUGUCCAAAUUCUGUCCCUGGGAGGGGUUUACUUCGUUUACUUUAUUCUUUGUGGAUGUUCCAUUGCCUUUGUAUAUUUUCUAGUCCCAGAAACUAAGAAUCGAACCCUCGAAGAAAUCUCGAAAGAGCUUCGAUUAAAUAGCUUUUUGUCCUUUAUUCUGAACAAAUGGGAAAGGUUCCGGAAGCGCUGCCAUGGCGACCAAAGCGAGAUGAAGCAAUGUAAAAUCCCGUGAUAUGAUCAAGAUAAUUUGGCAAACAAUAAACGCCGAGAAACUUUUCAAGGAACGGCUUUCCUCUUGCCAACGUCGACCACGCCGCCAAACGUCUCGAUCUGACGAAUAUAGCCCGGUUCAUUUUAGCAUAUAAAUAGGCCAUUUUUAUCGGACUCACCCAUGGGUUCAAUUCACGCCCCGCGUACAGCAAAUUUUCUUUUCAAGUACAAAGCAUCAUAAUCUCCUUGGUUUUGAAAACACAAAGAGCUAAUUCGUUUGUAACUCUAAAUCUUUGACCGUUGCUAGCCAUUGAAAUGCAUGAAAUCUUCAAUCCGUCCCUCAUUCCAGAUCCACCUCACACGUGUAACUUUUGCAUUAUCUUCUGUGAUACUAUUUCCCGUGCUAUUCUAGUUACUUUAUGUCUCCAUGACAAGAUCAUUGUAGUUUUGCCUUUGCCUUGGUCCAAUAUAUCUACACCUUCAAGUUUGAA